AUGCCGUCUCUUACCCAACUCCUGGCCUAUGCCAAUCAGGAGUUCACAGAUGUCUACAACAAGGGACCGUACACAUCGUACAAACAGAUCGAAUUCCUUUUGCUGAUUUCCGGUAAGUCUGUCGAUGAUCUUAUCGCAAAUCCAAAGGGUGUAUUCCGAGACCUAACCUAUGACACCAUUCUAGAUGCAUGCAUCGGAGCUGGUUCCGUUGUCGAGGCUACAUGGAAGGGUAAGGCUGGCCGUUGUACGGCUACGUCGCUCAAAGUCUCUGAUCAAUUGAUGCGCAAGUAUCCAGGUCAGUUCGAGUUUGAGUACUUCUCCGUACGUCGCGGUAAAGUUAGCCAUCGCUUCUCACGAUGUGCCAUUACAGGCAUCGUCAUCGAUGUGAUUUGCAGCAUGGGUGCUUUCAUCCUACCAGACAACGAACUCCGGACCAUCACCACAAUGUACACGCUUUCCUGGGGCCAUCAAGACGGCAAUGUCUACAUGAUUGACGAAGACGGAAUGGAUCAGUUCUGCGAAAAGGUCUCGCACGUGCGAGCCCAGGCUCUUUGCCUCUAUGAAGUCUCCCGCAGCGGCCAGCUCGUUGUACUUUUUCGAGAACUCAACCCACAGUUCUUGAACCAGAACAUCUCUGGGUACGAGUACAAGACUGCCAUGUUUGCCCACGGAUGCAUCAAGUUCAAGCUCAAGCCCGACACUGCCUCGGGUCCGGGCCUCAAACAGCUGCACCUCACGCCAAACCCGGAUGAACCUGGAGACAAGACAAUUAUCGUGUGGAGCCAGGACCAUACCGACCAGGACAGAAGCGAAGCUCAAGAUGAAGUUCACUAUUUCCUGGCAACAUGGACCGGAUGCCAUGCGAACCAGCAGUGGCCAGCGGAUGGGAUCAAUUGGUUCUACCGGGAGCUGUUCUGGCAGCUUUGUCUCGGGUAUGGAAACCCCAAGAUCUGGACUAAGGCUGAAGCUGAUUAG